UUCUGGAUUUGGAACCGGUCGUCGCAAAUAUGUCUUCUUACCGGAAUCACUGAUCCCUUAGCUCUCGCGGUGCUACCGGUUCCGCCUUCGGUUCGACCAAAGACCUACACACCCGAGCUUCACCACCCUCCUUGGGUCGCUCCAAAAAAGCCAUCAACCGCAAGGUCACUACGCUAUAUACGCCUUCGUCGACGAAAUGCCCAAGCCCGUUCGCGGUGAAUCGGUUUUUCGCCCUUAUCACUUUCGCUAUAUACCUGGAAGGCAGCUCUACGUCCCGAGUCCCCGACCAAAGCCAUGUGCUAGGCUGCACCUUCACCCUGAUGCUCUUCGCCAUGUGCUUGCUCGACAACUGGUCACCCUAUCUUCACCAGACGCAUGGAUUUCGCAGGCGUCCCCUUGUUCCUCCGCCGUCAGGCCCAUCACUAGUUUCAAAUCAUCUCCAGACUUCUCACUGGAGACCCAUCCAGCUCUGAGUGAAGCUGCCGACUGUCGAAAGAGCAAAGGCCACAUCGGUCGAAAUUCGAACAUCAUUGUCACUGUACCUAUGUCUUACUCGAUGUCAUCAAUCAUUCGCUUCGAUCGCCUCGCGAUCUCCUUGUCGUGAAGAUCGUUUACACCAACAGAGACAUGACUUCGCCUAUCUCGUAUGGACCGUUGACUCUCCUACCCG